AUGUGCGGCCGACGGGCUCUUCUGUGCCGCAGAAUCACGGGAAGCGGAUUCCGGAAUACCCAUCUCUUUCAACUAAAUGCUACCAACAAAGGCAUCGCGUACAACUUUUGCGGAGCCCUCGUGACCUUGCUCUGCCACCUCGGCAGCCAGAAGCAUGAUACUGUCUUCCUACAGCCGGUGUAUCUCUACUACAAAAGCUCUGAAGAUCCAUAG